GCAUACUGUGCUGUAUCACAAACAAUUACUAUUGUUUGUGCGAAAUGUGUCUCCUGUAGACUAUGCACACCUACGCUGCAGCCAGGUAACCACAUUUGGCAACUACUUACCAUGCAGGGAGGUUCAUUUACGGGAACAAGUAGGCUAAAGCACACCUGGAAACUUGCUCAUUUAAAAAUGUGGCAAACAGAAAUUAUUGUCGACGCAAGUUUCUCAUCUCUGUCAAGUUAAAUAUAGAAACACUUUGGAUCGUACGUCUCACAGGGAAGGGUGGACGCAUGCGUAAAUCAAAAGUACUGUAAUUCCUUCGCUCAGAAAAAAGUUUGAUGGUGUUAGAAAUGAGCAGGAGAGAGAAAGCAAAAGAGACGCAAGGAAGACGGGGAUAGAGUUAAACCCUGAAUCACUGCUAUAGAGGAAGUAAGGAGAGAGGAACCGAUUCCCCCUCACACACAAUGCGUCUCCGUCAAGUAAAGAUCGGGUUCCUCGACAAAUAACGCAACUUAUUCAACAUGAGGAAAAUAGACAUAAGUUAGAUAGUGUCUGUCUACGCGUCUAAGAAUCUCAUGGAUUGAACUACAGAUUUUUCCCCCGCCUCUGCCAACCUCUAGGGAGAAAGCGAGAAGAUGCAGGACCCUGCGUGUGAGCUGCAGCCCGGCUCUCUGAGGACCAUCAGCGUGCUGGACCGCCUGCUUCUGACACACCCCGUCUGGCUGCAGCUGUCAUUCAACUCUGACUCCGCCCAGCAGGUCCUGCAGGCGGAGCCAAAAGGGGCCUUCCUGGUGCGCCGGUGCAGCAGUUCACAGAAGAAGGUUCUGUGUGUGAGACUGACAGAGGAUAACGCCCCCUCUGCCUUCAGGCAGUGUGUCAUCCGCGAGGAGGAAUCCACUUUCUCCCUGGAGAGUUCGGCCGUCAGUUUCCCAGACCUCUGCAGGCUCGUCGCUUUCUAUUGCAUCAGUCGAGACAUAUUGCCCUUCCCCCUGGAGCUUCCCGAAGCGAUAGCUAAAGCCUCGUCCCACAGACAGCUGGAGUCUCUCUCACACAUGGGCAUGGAAUUUUGGAGCUCCCCGCUGAAUUUUCGGACGCCGCGCAACGGCCCUCCCGCCGCGGACCAGCCGGGACAGGAGAGCCGCGGCCUGUUCGUGGGGCGUGGGCCCCAGCAGGGGGCGCUGUGCUACAUAAACCCCCUGUUCCUGCGGGAGCCGCCCAGCCGUGGCGCGCUGCACAAGCGGCACCGCUUCAAGCGCAGCCUGCGGGUCCGCGUCUCCACGGAGACCUCCAUGGCGCUGUCGUCGCCGCCACGCUCCACCGAGCUGGACUGCGCCGAGCCCAGCCUCCCGCUGCAGAAGAGGGCCAGCACCGCCAGCGGCCUCCUCAGGAGGACCCAGGCCCUCUCCCCGACCUCCGAGGAGGAGGAGGAACUGAUCCCCAAAGACCCGCAGCAAAACCAGGAGGAGUCGGGUCAGGGGGAGGAGCAGGAGGACGGCGGGGCGGAGGCGGGGCUGGUGCUGGAGCGGAGGCGCGCCCCCUCCCUGGCGGAGCUGGACAGCAGCAGCUCCUUCAGCAGCCUGGAGGAGGCGGAGGACCGGCCACCCCCGAAAGCGGCGGGCCCGGCCCCCAGCGCCCCCGGCCCGGCCCCCGCGGCGGCGCCGCGCCACCCCGGCUCGGGCCUGCGCAGGAUGAGCGCGGCCUUCGUCACGCUGUUCGCCCCGGAGAAGCGCGUGGCGCAGCUGGUGGACGAGCUGUCCCAGGACCGCCGCUCCGCGUUCGGGGUGCUGGUGCAGGACUUCCUGCUGCAGCAGAGGGAGGAGCUGGAGGCGCAGGCGCUGGCGCAGGGCUCCUUCGCCGCCGCCGCCGCCGCCGCGCCGCUGCUGCAGGGCCUGCGCCGCUUCCUGUCCCAGGCCAAGCGCUUCCUGCUGGACUGCGGCGAGCUGGAGCCCCCCAUCGAGACCCUGGUGCCCGAAAAGGAGAAAGAUUUGGCCCUGGAGAAAGCCAUGUUUGGCUGCGUCCUGAAGCCUCUGAAGACGCAGCUGGACCAGACCCUGCUCUCCCUGCACACCAAAGACGGCUCCAUGCAGCGGCUGGCCGACAGCUUGCGCGACAGCCAGCAGGUGGCGAUGAAGCGCUUCGGGGUUCGCGUGGGCGUGCCCGACGCCCGCGGCUUGGAGAGGAUGAAGCAGAAGCUGUCGCUAAUGCAGCGCACACACUCCCCCAUAGACAAAGUGCUGCUACUACUACAGGUCUGCAAGGGCAUCUACAACGCUAUGGGCCCCAACCCCGGACAGGAGUUUGGGACGGACGAGUUCCUGCCCGUCCUGUCCUACGUGCUGGUGCAGUGUAACCUGCCUCAGAUUCUGCUGCAGGUCGAGUACAUGAUGGAGCUUCUGGAGCCUUCCUGGCUGACGGGGGAGGGAGGUUAUUACCUGACCAGCGUCUACGCCAGCCUGUGUCUGAUCCAGAGCCAGUCCGACACGGUUCCGCCCAAUGGGCUGACCCGUGAGGCCCAGGAGGCCCUGAAGGAGUGGAACCGGCGCCGGAGCCAGGAGGCCCAGAACCAGAAAGACGCCCAGCACAACCAGAGGUUCGUGCGGGUGCUGUUCCAGGACGGGGACUGCAGCAUCGUGCGGACGCUUCUGUGGAAGGUGGGGGACACCCCCGAGGCCCUGGCGCGCCUCUGCGUCCUCAAAUUCGGGGUGUCCGACCCGGAGCAGUACGGCCUUUACUGGCGGGACGGCGGGGAGAUGCGCCCCGUCCCCCCCCAGGCGCAGCCGUCCGACCUGCCCGCCUGCAGCGGGGGGGGCCCCACCCUGGCCUUCCUGCGCUGCGAUCAGGACUUCGGCAAGGCGCGCAAGCUGACCAGAGGGGGCGCUGUAGACCUGGGGGAGUCCGUUUGCGAAGAGUAGGGGGGGUGUGGCCUGCUUUAUUUUUGUGAUGGCUUUGCGUGUCCGUGACAAAGGGGUGUGUCUUUGUCUCCCCCCCCUCCCCCGCCCCCUUCCGCAUCCCGGCUACAACAGUGCCAGUCGUGGCCGAUAGUUUCUCUUUCGUUUUGUUUCCUCUCUAGCUUUCUCUGAUCGGCUGUGGAACCCCUCAUUGUGGUCGGGGCUCAAGAACACACCCCGGUGGUCAAGGGGAGGUGGCUGAGACCUACUGGUCACGCGCGGGUGAAAUUACCGCGAAUGGCCAAACUCAAAACACUAAACAAAAAGAGUAACCCUGAAAAAAUCCAUCCGUAACAUUUACACCAAGUCUGAGGCGCUACCAAAGCCGUUCACUGCACAUGCUAACAUCUUAAGCUUUGAACUGAUGUUAGGAUUCAGGCUCUAGCACGUUGUCCCAACUACUGAUGAAGACUAAACGGUGAGACAGUCGUUGAUCGCGUGAUACGGGGGAAGACGAUCGUAGGAGAGCCAGAAUUCAAAGGCCUCCUCUGCCCAAUCUGUGUCACAGGGACGAUCAUCACAGCCAUAUAAGGUCAGAACCCCUUAUCCUGGCUGCUGCCAAUCAACCCUGGUGAUGUCACUGUUGUCUGCAUCAUAAUGGCAGUUGGGAAAAGUUAAAUAUACUUUUUUUUUUUUUUUUAAUCCACUUGAAAUUUAAGAAUAACUAUUUUGGGAAGGGUUACAUAAUAACUUUUUUUAGACUCAUUAACACUCGGAACACUGCUGUUGCCCUGCAACGCUUUCACAGCGAGAUGAAUUGUGUUAAAGAACAUUAUAUUACACUGAGUCCUCAAAGUUGGUGCAAUGCUUAGAAUAACAUCACAAAUACCUUUACAUCACAAUAACCUUUUAUUGUAUUGUUUUUAAUUUGUAAUUAUAUCUCAGUAAUGAGUUUGAAACGGGAAUUCAGACAUGCAUCAGAUGGCCUCUGCAAAGAAUGAAAACUUAAAUGCCUACAAACCCUUCCCCGUGAUAUCAUAUUUUUUUUAGAGAGUGUUAUAGGAGAGACCUGUAUGACAAAGCAACAUAAAUACAUUUGUGGUGGUAUUGGGGAACAUGUAAGCUUUUUGUUUGGGCAUCAGAAGGUUUGCAUCACCAAUAAUGUACAUUAAUACACUGAAGGCCAAAUACGCAUCCAUAUGCUUGAAGCGAUACCUGAUUAGCCUUAUUUUAGCAACACCAGAACAGCAGUGAGCUCAACAAUUAAUGUAUUAAGAAAAACAAAAUAGGAAAAUAAAUGCAGUCAGACCAAUUUUUUUUGAGAGAAAUAUUGCUGAAAUUAAGUGAGGUCAAGGUUUACUCCGCCGUAGGCCUAUCACAGGGAAACGGUCCUGCAUACAAAAAGCUAGUAUGCAGAAGGUGAACACUAUCCAUCUCUCUCAGACGGCUGCCCAUUGUGGCGUGUGGUUGGAGGCACAAGUCGACAAAUGAUCACGAAGUCACUGGACCCCUAGAGACUGUGCCCCAGUUAAGAUGUUUACUAGAAAGAGAGCUCGUUCCACAAAAAUGUGAGAUAAGUAAACAAAAUGAAAACUGUGUGCCGAAUAUCCAGAGGAGGGGGGGUGGUUAUCAUAAUUAUAUUUAAAUUACGUUACCGUUAAGGUGUCAGUGAACUCAGAUCCGGAACGCAGAACAGCCGUCGCUGAUUACGUUAGUACGAAUUACGAGCCUAUGAGGAGGAUGACAGUUUUUCGUUGUGCGGAUACUCUUCGUUCAUUUCCCAGAACCUUGUACUGGAAGCUAAACUGCGCUCUUUGCCAAGUGUAUCCUCGGAUGCUGUUAUAAAGCCUAAGAAUGAAGGCACGUCUACUACAAAAAUAAAAAUGAUAAUAAAUAAUAAAAUAAAAACCGAAUGCACAAUUUCUUACGAGAGAAAAUUUUGAUGUGGAAUACAGCAGUCCUGCUGUUAGUUUUUCUUCCGUUUUACUGUUUUUUUUGGGGGGACAAAGCUGUGCAUUUUGUUUUCGAAACUAUUCAUGGAAUUCACUUCAGCAUUUCACAAACAAAACAUUUUAAAAACGAACAAAAAAAAAAAGAAACAAAAAACGAAUAAAAAUAAAAUAAACAAAACAAAGCAAAAAAAUAAAAUAAAAUAAAAAUUAAAUAAAAAAACAGCCCCGCCAAAAGGACAUUGUUUAUUUUUUGUAUAUCCUAAUAACGCAAGACAUCGUUAGGAAAAGCCUGCGUGUAGGGUCGCCAUCUUGUGGUGGUUGAAUGAACAUACGCAUAAUCGACAUUCUCAACAUCAUCAGACCUUUUGAUCAUAUUUAUUUUGUAUAAAUUAGCUGUCUAGUUUAACCAUUGAUCUAAAUGUAUUUCGUUUUGAGGUACAGAUGAAAAACGUCUUGCUCUUAAAAUAUUUCCUUUGACAGUGAUACAAAAUUCUGCUACAUUGAGAUUAAGUGCAUGCAGUAUCUGUGUGUAAAGAUAUACAGGUGUAGUGUGUGGUGCAUGUAUGAACUGUGUUCUGAACAGGACAAUGCAAGUGCAUCCAUGAGUUAUCUGAUUGAAUAGCAAUGCGCUUUAUUUGUGCUCUGUAAAAACAAUUUAACAAUAAAUGCAAUAAAAUGAAGGUAUGUAUGCAAAACAUAA